GCUGCUUCACCCGGUUCACCUCCGAUCUGAUCCCUGCAGGCACUUUGAGCGGACGCUGAACCUUCACUCCUCAGCCUCCGCUUGUCUCCUGCAGACGCAGAAAAUGGCGAGCAGAGGAGCCAAAGAUGAUGCAGGAAGCAGUGAGGUGUUCCAGCUGCUGAAAAAGUACUGCAACAAGAGGUCAAAGCAGGUGGUAUCUGAGCAGUUCAUGCUCUGCUCCGUGAAACGUGUUUCUUCAGCUGAGCCUUCCACCUAUGAUGUCGUGCAUAACAGGAUGUUCCGUUGCUCAGAAAUGAGCGCUCAAGCAAACAUGGAUGACAUCGUUCAGAGACUGGUGGAGCUGAUCAAAGCGCAGGGAGACUACAUCGACAAGAAGAUCAAAGACAGCAUAGACCUCCAGGACCUGAACUACAACAUGUUUAAGAAGCUGACCUCCAGCGUGCAGAACCUGGUUAUCCAGACAGACCAGGCAGAAGCCUCGGAGGUUCAGAUUCAGAGGCAGAAGAUCGCUUUGGCCUUCGAGGUGACCAGCAGGCUGUCAUCCUUAAAUAUUGUCCACCAAAGGAGGUUGCUGAGCUUUGGAGCACAAUACAUCGAGGAGAGCCACUCUGCCUGGGUCGAGCAGCACGGGGGCUGGGCUGAAGCUUUCAGCGUUGACUGAGCUGCACGGACCUCCACAGAAUCUCCAGGUGGAGGUCACCAUGCUGUGAAUUCCUAAAUAUUUGAGCCAAC